AUGGCGUCUCCUUCUCUGCUGCAUCUCCUAGCCGCACUCCUGCUUGCUCUCGUCUCUUUCCCAGGCACGGCAGCAGGCGCGGGCGGCCAUCUGCAGCCCGCGGUGGCUUCCUCGCCGUCGCCCGCAGGAUUCUCGCCUCAGCCGCCCCGGGAGCCGGCGCAGCAGGCUGCGGCCAUCUUGGUGCCGGUGCUCUCCAACCUGGGAUUCCAGGAGCUGGCCAUGGCUGUUCCCGGUCUCUCGUCCCCCUUGCUUUCCGUCUGGUCCGGUCCUAUCACCAUCUUUGCCCCUUCCGACGACUCCGUUCGAUCUUGCAUUUCGUGCUCGCCGACUCGCAUCCUCCGGGAGCACCUCGUGCCUGGCCUAUUCUCCCACGUCCAACUCUCCACACUAGCAUUCGGCACGAAGCUGGAGACGUCCAGCCCUGGCCGAUGCCUAACCGUCACCAGCACUGCUGGCGACGCCUCCGGCGUCAAGAUCUUCGUCGACGGCGUGCAGAUCACCCGCCCGGACCUGUUCAACGACGGCCGUGUUAUUGUCCACGGCAUCCAGGGCUUCGUUGGGCCUCUCUCGCCGCUCUCAUGCAACCAAAGCCCUGGGCAGUCUCCCCCCUCCCAGGACGAGAUCGCCUCCGCGUCGGUGCACGCCGGGUCCACCAUCGUGCGGUUGAUGCUGCGCGACGCAAUUGUGCAAUUGAAGGAGAGCGGAUACAGCAUUCUCGCCCUGGCGAUGCGGGUCAAGUACCCCGAGUUAUCUACUCUUCAGAAUAUGACGAUCUUCGCCCUGGACGACGCGGCUAUCUUCGCCGGAGGACACUCGUACGUCACCAACGUGCGAUUCCACGUCGUCCCGAAUCGGCUCCUUAUGUAUGCCGAUCUGAUGAAAUUGAGGGCGGGAACCAUCCUUUCGACGCUUGUCCACGGCCAGAGCCUCGUCAUCACUCAUGCUCACACAGGGGAUACGAUCGAAUCCGGGCUACGCAUCAACUAUGUGCCCAUCAGUAGGCCUGACGUGGUUUGCAACCUCAAGGUAGUUGUCCACAGCAUCUUCUUGCCGUUCCCUCAUCUCUUGCCCUCGGAUAUGCCCUUGCUUGGUGGUGUCAUUGCAGCAGACUCCAUCUUUGAGCCGCCAGCGCAGACGCCCGCAGGGGUGGCCAGCACGGUUUUCUGCGACGCAGCGGUUGGUCUCCGGGGUUGUUCUGCACCGACUUCCCCAGUUGACUUCGACGACAGUCUCUGA